UAAAAAAAAAAUACCACAAAUUUUGGACUGCGUUGGCGCAAACCGGUACUAAAAAAAGCGCGAAAUAUUUUAAAUUAUAGCGUUGAAGUGAAAAUGCUUUCUUUGCAAAAUAUAUGUAAAAAGUCCAGCUUUGACUUACAUAACAAACGGUGCUUUAGAAUCUCAACAGGAAACAAAUCACUCGAUGUGCACUUAAAGGGAGGGAUUCCUUUAGGCAAACUUAUAGAGCUCAUUGGUAAUCCGGGGACAGGAAAAACACAAAUGUGUAUGAAGCUCUGCCUUAAUGUACAAUUGCCCAGGACUUUAGGUGGAUUAGAUGGUGAAUCUUUAUUUUUUGACACAAGACGCGAUUUUAAUCCUAACCGUCUUAAAGAACUAGCCGAUGAGUUUGAAAGGCGUUAUUCGACAGCUGGUAAAUCGAAAGCUAUGAAUGCUGAACAAAUGCUACGCAAUGUCCAUUAUGUUCAAUGUACUAGCCCCGCUCAUCUAAUAGCUCAAGUGCGAAUGACCAAUAAAUAUCUAGCAGCAAAUCCAAAUAUAAAAAUAAUCAUUAUCGACUCUUUAUCUUUUGCUCUCCGUAUGAUACAAACAGUUCGUCAGCGCUAUGAGCUCCUGCUAGAACUGUACGUGAGCAUGCGAAGUAUGUUGUACCAGCAUCAGGAUCAGGUGACUUGGAUAGUAACGAACGUAUUUACAAAUUACUACAAUCGGAGAAGCAAAAAAUAUUGCCGAGUACCCGGCAUGGGAAGAAUGCAUUCAAUUUUGGUGAAUGAGAGAAUUUGGUUUUCGCAAAACGGUACCUAUUACCUAGGUAAAAAUGAAAAGACUCGGAGGAUCAUUGAAUAAUAGAAAUUACUCCAGCUGUGUGAUUUAAUGUGUGGAUUAAUUAUUAUAUAUAUAUGUACAUAUGUACAUACAUGCAUAUAUAUUUCUACAACUAUUGCUAUCGAUUCUAAA